UGUCCAACAAAAGAAUGUAAUUAUUGAAAGAAUGUUUAAGAUUUUACCUUUUAUAUUUCAUGAUACACAUAUUUACAAGUCAUUAUAAAUAUGUUGGAUAUUGGUGCAUGCGCAUCAUUCGUUUAUCGCGCCUGCGUAUAACCUUCAAAUUCACGCGGAUUUGUCAUCCGGUAGUCGUACGGACUAAUCCAGGACUAAUCCGAGUAUGAAUUUUUGGAUUCGUCGUUUAAUUUCAUAAAAAAUAAACAUGUCGUCGUCCGAGGAGGAGAGCGAUAAAUUAACAGAUUUGGAAGCGAUCCGUGACAAAAUGUUAAGCGAACCGCGAACCGAACGUAUGCAAGUGAGUGCUUGGGAGGACGACGAUGACGGAGUAGAGGUUGAACGCAACGCAAAAGAGCCCGAUGAAAAUGAAAUUCUUUGUGCAGCUGAAAAAGGUGAUCUAGAAAAAAUCAAAAUAUUAUUAAUAAAAAAUCCUUGUUUGUUGCAAUGCAUGGAUAAGGAUGGCUACACUCCGCUUCACAGAGCCUGCUAUGGCAAUCACAUAGAAGUUGUGGAAUAUUUGCUUAGAGCUGGUGCAAAGAUAGAUGCAAAAACUAUGGACGAAUGGCAACCGCUACAUUCUGCAUGCUGUUGGAAUAACGUUGAAAGUGCUGCACUUUUAAUUGCAAAUGGAGCAAAUAUAAAUGCUAAGAGCAAAGGAGAUCAGACGCCUCUGCAUUUAGUAUCCGCGAGCUCCCACAAUUCUCCUGCUCUGCAACUUCUUCUUCUGCACCCGGAUACAAAUCCUCGCUUAAUAAAUUCAAGUGGGGAUACGGCAGAACAAAUUGCAAGGCGAACAGGAAAGUAUUAUCCGAUGUUUGAGAUAAUUGAAGACUGUCUGAAUAUCAUUUGAGAUGCAAAUGCGAUAUAAAAUUAUCAUUAUAGAAAACAAAGACGUAUUCGAGUGAUUUGAAUUUGAUAAAAAUGCGAACUGUAAAGAUAACACGUUAACGUCGUAAUCGUAGCAUAAAACGUGUUUGUUACAAUACACUUAUCGAUAAAAUAAGAAAGAACGUUUACUACUAUCUAAAAUAAAAUAUAAAGUUGCACGUUGGUGUGUCCAAAA